CAGUCAUCGAGGAAUGCUCUCAUUAUAAGAUCUGCAUGCUGGACUGCCGCAUCGGUAUCAACCUGAUCAAUUGCCCCCUCUCGCCAUCAUGUCUUAUCCCCUACAAUUACCGGUUGGCGGCGAGCCGCUCUUGACCUUAACCCACCCUACGUCUUCCAUCUGGAUUCUAGAAUUGCAUAAUGGGGACGACAGCCGGCUCACGCAGCUUCUGGUGGAGAAGGGGCUGAAGCCUGCACUGGACGCAGUGGAGAGACACUGGAGGGAUGACAGACGGAAGGCCGUAGCAGCCAAAGACAAGGAAGGCGGGAAGGGUGCUCUGAUCAUUGUGGGGAACACUAAACAGGACAAGUUCUUCAGCAACGGGCUUGAUUUCGCCCGCAUCGUGGGUGACCCGAACUUCUUUCCACAAAUAUUCAAUCCCUUCUUGAAACGACUGCUCCUAUUUCCCAUCCCUACAAUCGCUGCCAUUAACGGGCACUGCUUCGCCGGCGGAAUGAUGCUCAGUCUGGCCUGUGACUACCGUGUCAUGACGGAUGGUAGCAAACGAAAUGCAUGGAUGUGCAUGAACGAGGUGCACUUCGGUUCGCCCUGGCCAUUCUCCUUCGCAGCCGUCUUACGAGCCAAGUUCGGAGAUGUGCGGCUGCAGCGCAACAUUGCACUGGAAGGCCAUAGGUUUACUCCGCAGGAGGCGCGAGACGCUGGACUGGUUGAUUAUCUUGUUAGCGGCAACACCGCAGAUGUCCUCAAGGCAGCUCAGGAAGUCGGUGAGCGGGUGGGUGCCCUCGCGAAAGGCGGCGUCUGGGGCUUGAUCAAGGCGGACCUGUACAGGGAUGCCACUGAGAACAUCGACCGCGACCUGAGACCUCUGAACGUGGAAGUCGAUGAUGCUGCGGCUAAGGCGCGACUAUGAUUAGCUGAUAUAUUCUUUCUUGGGGUAUUUAUGUACUGGUUGUUCCUAACAUAGCGUGUUCUCAUCCAUCAUGCUCGGUCAGAGAUUGAUGCGCGGCUUGUAAGGGCUUGCCAUUCGAGUCAAUCAGAUGCAAGCCUGAUGCACCUCUCUUCCCAUUCCCUCCGCCUUACGUUGACCAAUU